UCGGGGGCCGAAGGGAGCUGCAGCUGGAACGGAGCAGCCGCCGCCGCCGCCGCCGCGCUGCAGAAGAGCUCGCCGCUCCCACCUUGAGCUGAGACUGGGAAAGGUCACCCCAUGAGCACUUAGGGGCGGGGGGCUUGAGUCGGACUCUUCUGGACCCCAGCUCCUCCCCUCCUAAAGCCUACCUCCGAGAAACAGGAGUAUUGAGACAGCCUCCUAACCACCUUUCAAGUCAUGGUGGGUCACUUGCAGUUCCAAGGUAUGGACAACACCAACAAAGAAAAGAAUCGGGAAAGUUUGCUGGACAGUCCUGAUUCGGGGCUGCCCCCCAGCCCGAGCCCCCCUUUCUACUCUUUGUCUCCGGGCGGAGCCGAGAACAAAGCCGCGGACAAGAAUUCCUGCACAGAAAUCCUGGAUCAGGAGCCCGGGAGAGAUGGGCCGAAAGGGAAGCAGAUUCCUUGUGUUUUUCUGAACUCCUAUGCUUCUGAAACCAGACCUCGAUUGUACCCGGUGUUUUUCGGAGAAAGCAUAGAAGUCAACCCUGAGCCAGCGCAGGAAAUCAGGUGCAAUUCGGAGAUCAAGUACAGCUCAGAGAAGCACUUCCGGGAUGACAUCUUCUACCACCCCAGGCCCACCGUCACCACCUACCGAGAGUCCGUCACGGUGGCCCCCAACUGCACUUGGCGGAACUACAAGUCUCAGCUCCUUUUCGAGCCGCGUCAGAAACCCCUCCGGUAUCAAAGCACAACCAUCAUUUUCCCCAAACGUGCCAAAAACAUUUACCGGACCACACUCAACUACCGGCUGGGCUGCGCCAAGCGGUGGUUCGCCUCCAGUGUCCAACUCGCCUUGUGCGAGAGCAACAAUGCCUACCUGACGCCUCCAGAGAACUUGUCAGGCUAGGCCAUGGACAGCAUAGGUCCACCUCUUGGAGACACGUCCCCUGGCUGAAGGCACAUCAGAGGGUUACAAUUUCUUCCUUGUCGACUCAAUUGUGGGCCACGUGAGCGUCUUUCACGCUUCAAGAACCAGUUUGGCGAGAGAGCCUCCUCUGAAGAUGUAGCACUUAAAUGCCACUGUUUAAUCCAGAAGGCUGUCUUUAGUCAUUUACUAUUUAAAUCUCUCUAAGUAUGAGACUUUUUGGAAGAUUUUCCCGUGGCUUUUAGGAGGUUUGUUUCCUUGGGGGAAAAAAAAAUAUUAUCCAAGAAUCUCCUUGGCCAAUCGAGCAAUCCUCAUCAUUUAACGGUCCCAUAAUCCCUUGUAGGGUGGAGCCUGCGCAAUUGAAUGGAGCUGAGGGUUUACUGGCCGGAUGCCCUUCCGGUCUCCAAUGCAGAGUUUUGUUCGGC